AUGGACGCAUUGAUGCGGCACACUCAAGGAGAGGUACCAUGUUGUAUGUUAUUUGCAGAUGACAUAGUUCUGAUUGAUAAGAUGCGAGGUGGUAUUAACGAGUUCAAGUUGAGUAGGACCAAAAUAGAAUACUUGGAGUGCAAGUAUAGCGACAUUACCCAGAAAACGGACAUGGAUAUGGCGCAGCUGGAGCUUACUGAGGACAUGCCUCUUUAUAGGAAGGUGUGGAGGUCGAGGAUUAUGGUAGAAGGUUACGGGUUCGAGCGCGCUGUGGAGGUUGCCUACAUCACAUCCCUUUGGGAUAUAGUCCUUCCCCAAAUCCUGUGUCAAUGCGAGAUGCUUUGUGCACCGGACUGCCUAGUAACUGUGAAUGAUACAGAUCUUAAGUGA